UAUAUCUUCUACCUGGAGCCGGACAAGCUGGACUCGGGCAAGGGGAAGUGUUCCUAUGACCCCAAAGUAGACACCGUCUCUGCAUUAAUAAAUGAAGAGCUCUAUGCUGGCGUCUACAUUGACUUCAUGGGCACGGACGCAGCCAUCUUCCGCACCAUGGGCAAGCAGACGGCCAUGAGGACAGACCAGUACAAUUCACGCUGGCUCAAUGACCCAGCCUUCGUCCGCGCCCAGCUCAUCCCUGACAGCAGUGAGAGGAACGACGACAAGCUCUACUUCUUCUUCCGAGAGAAGUCGGCCGAUUCCCCGCUGAGCCCUGGGGUCUAUUCCCGCAUCGGACGCAUCUGCCUGAAUGACGACGGGGGCCACUGCUGCCUCGUGAACAAUGUCCCUGACGUCUUCAUCCAGCAGACUCAGGACACCAAGAACCCUGUUAUCUACGCCGUGUUCUCCGCUUCGGGGCCCUCCCCCCGGCCGGGCACUUGCCCCGGGGGGACCUUCACCCCGUCCAUGAAGUCGACCAAGGACUACCCCGAUGAAGUGAUCAACUUCAUGCGCGCACACCCGCUGAUGUACCACGCCGUCUACCCCACCCACCGCCAGCCACUGGUGGUCCGCACCAACGUCAACUACCGCUUCACCACCGUGGCCGUCGACCAGGUGGACGCCGCAGACGGGCGCUAUGAGGUGCUUUUCCUGGGCACAGAUCGGGGCACCGUGCAGAAGGUCAUCGUGCUCCCCCGGGAUGACAUGGAGACAGAGGAGCUCAUGCUGGAGGAGAUCGAGGUGUUCAAGGUGCCAGCACCCAUCAAGACGAUGACCAUCUCCUCCAAGAGG